UUUCCAAGGGAGGCAGGCUUAGCCUGCUGAAAUAUUCUCUACGCUAAAAUCUAUUCAUUCCGCCAUCUGCGGCGCACCGGUUACUUGUGAUAUCGUAGGACCUCUCCGCGUGUCUUGAAAGGGUUGAAAUAAAGUGUGCCGUUUACCGCUUUGGAAAGAAGAAACGGGAAACAUAUUUUUUUAUCACACAAACCUUAUGAAUAUGAAACUUUGUUAGAGGUUUGGAUUUAUAGCCCUGGAUUGAUCGGGAGAUUAGAUUAACAUUUUUUGUCGAAUUUCAAAACUGUUUGCUGCUGCUGUCAACUUGGAUGAGGUGCCAAUAACCGCAAAUUCUGGGAUGCAGAGGGACUGCAGUUUUUGUGGGUCACAAGUACAACAGAUGAAAUAAAAACAGAUACGAAGCUACAAGAGACGUUGGAAAACUGUUUCUCGUUCAAGGCCUGUGAUCUGGGCAGACCACUGUGUCUGCUGUGCUGGGUAGCCAACGGGCUCUGCUGGCUUUUGGAUUCAUGGGUCUGAAUUGAUUUCUUAUUUCAAGGUGGGAACAAGUGAGAUGGUGUCAGCAGGGUUCCAUUUGAAUUGAUCCCCGUAGCUGGAUGGCCAAGAGGAUCGAUGCCUCUCUAAAACGACGUCAGAGACGAAUGUCUGUUUGCCAGUCGGCCUGGGAUGGCGCUGAUCUGCACGGCUGCAGUACUGCUGUCUCUCUGGGGUGGCGCCAGCGUGCUGGGCGGCUCCCUCUACCCUGCCUUCACCCGCGAUGACACACUCUUCCAGCACCUGGCCCUGCACCGGGACCCGCGGGCCGGCAAGGUCUACAUCGGGGCCCAGGACCGCCUCUUCCAGCUGGGCCAGGACCUGCAGCUGCAGGAGGAGGAGGUGACAGGGCCCGUGAUCGACAGCAAGGACUGCCUGCCGCCCAUCAACGAGGCCAACUGCCCCCAGGCCGGCCAGACCACCAACCACAACAAGCUCCUCCUGGUGAACCCCUACUCGGAGGAGCUCAUCACCUGCGGCAGCAUCUACCAGGGCACCUGCCAGAAGCGCAACCUGUCCUCCAUCCGGGACGUCCUCUUCUCCACCGACCGGCCCGUGGACACCCAGUACGUGGCGGCCAACGACCCCCUGGUGUCCACCGUGGGGCUGGUGGUGCGGCCGCGGGGCAAGCACCCGGUGCUGUUCGUGGGGCGGGGCUACACCAGCAGCCACCCGCCCAUCUCCACCCGCAUCCUGGACUCGGAGCCCUUCUUCUCCUACGAGGAGACGGCCAAGCUGGCGGUGGCGGGGCGCCUGUCGGAGUACGACCACCAUUUUGUCACCGCCUUCUCCCGCCGCACCCACAUCUACUUCCUCUUCUACCGCCGCGACCUCAAGUCGCAGUCGCGGGAGUACAAGACCUACGUGGCCCGGAUCUGCCUGGAUGACCCCGCGUACUACUCCUAUGUGGAGGUUCCGCUGACCUGCCGCUCGCCUGAGGGGAGGAGCUAUAACCUCCUCCAGGCAGCGAGCGUGGGUCGGCCCAAGGUGGGGGUGGGUUCAGGGGCGGAGUCAGAGGCGGAGUCGGAGCUGCUGCUUGGGGUCUUCUCCGCCCGCCUCUCUUCCUCCAAUCGGCCCAGCGAGGACUCGGCCCUCUGCGCGUUCCCAUUGGAUCAGCUGGACCGGCGGAUCGACGCCACCCGCGACCUGUGCUACACGGAAAAAGGGGGCGAGUCGGCCUACAUCGAGUACGAUGUCAAGUCCAUGUGCGCCGGCCUGCCCAUGAACACGCUUGAGGCCUACCCCUGUGGCUCUGACCACACCCCUAGCCCAAUGGCCAGCCGGGUGCCCAUGGAAGCCGAGGUGCUAUUGGACAGCCCGUCCGCCCGUCUCACUGCCGUGGCUGUCAGCAUGAGGGCGAGGCACGCCAUCGCUUUCCUGGGGGACUCCAAAGGAAACCUACACAAGGUGUUCCUGGGACCUGACGGAAAGACCAAGCAGUAUGCUACCAUCCCCAUCCAACCCGAUGUGCCCAUCAAUGGUGACCUCCUCCUGGACCACACCCAGGAGAACCUCUAUGUGAUGACCAGCACCAAGGUGGAAAAGAGGCCGGUGGCCGAGUGUUCCCAGCACAUGGACUGCGGAUCCUGUCUGUCGACCAGGGACCCGUACUGUGGUUGGUGUGUUUUAGAGGGAAGGUGUGUUCAGGGCUCAGAGUGCGCAGGGGCGGAGCUAGCAGGCCAGUGGCUCUGGAGUUUUGACGCAGCACAGCAGUGCCUCAGCGUGCAGUCACUGAGGCCGUCCAACAUCAGCCGAGAGGAGAAGAGAGACGUUUUCCUGUCAGUCCCAGGACUGCCUCGGAUGGAGAACGGCGGGGCGUACACCUGCGUCUUUGGCGAGCACGAGAGCCCCGCCAUCGUCAUGGACACCAGAGUCACCUGCUCCUCCCCUGAUACCGUGAACAUUCCCCCUAUACACCCGGGAGAGGACCACGUGAAGACCACCCUGUCCCUCCGCUUCCGCGAGGUCACCGUGGCCGCCCACGAGUUCACCUUCUACGACUGCCGGGCAGUGCAGGAGCUCUCCCAGAGCGCACCUUGCCGUGGUUGCGUGAGCAGCCGCUGGGGCUGUAAUUGGUGUGUUCAGCAGCACGCGUGUUCUCACAAGGACACGUGUGAGCGGGGAGUCGUCAUUUACAACGAACACUUCAGACUACCCACGUCGGCCCCCCCCACCACAAAAGCCUUCGAUAAAUUGACAACCCCAACAAUCCCCGUGACAACUCCAGCCCCCGCGACGCCCCCGUCCACGGUAGCACCUACGACCGCCAUGACGACGACUGCCCCUCCCGCUUCGCCCGCAGUAGAGCCCGGCGCCCCCACUCCGCCCCCGACCGAACCCACCACCCCCGAGGCUACGGCGCAGCUCCCCGUGCCUCUGUCCACCACGGCCGCCCCGACCUCUCCGCCCGUCACCACCCCGAGCCGCCCCGUCGCUCCACCCUCAGGUGACGACAACUCCACCCGCGUGCAGACGGAAGUGUCCGACCCCGAGCCCAACCCCCCGGAGACAGCGGGCGAAGCGGAGGGUGGAGAGGGGGAGGGUGGAGAGGGGGCGGAGGAGUCACGGUCGGGCCAAGGCUCGCACCCCGGCACCACCCUGGCCCCGCCCCCCUUAGUUCCAUUUGCGGGUGUAGCGACCGAUGCGCCCAACAGCACAGAAGUGUUAAAGGAGGAGACCCCGCCCCUGACCGAACCGCCCACCGCGGCCCCGCCCUCCUUUGACACCCCCAUCCCGACCCCCAACCAUGUCCCCGUCCCUUCUGAGGGCCCAGCUGAGCCUGACGACACACUGACAGAGCCCCCCGCCUUGCCUUCCCCCACUGGUCCUAACGAGGAGGCGGGCUCAAAUCGGGGGGGCACCGUGCUUCCGCCCCCGGGGGAGGGCGAGACAGACUACGCGGGCGGCGGGAAUGGAAGCUCCACCUCCUCGACCAGGCUGCCCGUCCCGCCCACCUCCCCCCAACCACGGGACCUCUACUCCGACCUGGGGUACCAGCAUGACCCCGCUGACUCGCCCCCGCUGGGGGAUGAGGGCUCCAUCGUGAGCAUGGGGGCGUCCGCCUGCCCCUGUGUGGAGAGGGUGCAGAGUCCUGCCCACCUGCCUGUCAACAUGGAGAGGAAGAUCACCUUAGUGGGGCGCAACCUUCACCUCUACCAGGAGGAGGCGCUGCGCUACGAGUGCGUGCUGAUGAUCGAGGGACGUGCGGUGGUGGUGGGCUCGGAUGUGGGAAAGGAUGAGGCCGACCACUCCCUCUUCUACAUCACCUGCAACUCACACAAGUACUCCUACUCGGCGCUCGUGGAGGAGUACCACGCUCGGGUGUACGUGAGGAGGACGGUCGUCCACCACGUGGACAGCCCCCAGGACCUGCACGUGUAUCUGUACAACUGCUCGGUGGGGCACUCUGACUGCAGCCGCUGCCACACUGCGGAGCAGAAGUGGGGGUGCGUGUGGUGCCAAGGGUCCCCCACCAGCUGCCUCUACAAUGAGUCCUGCACAGGCCAGAUCAUCCAGACCUGCCCGGCGCCUGUCAUUCACUCUAUCGAGCCUCUGUCCGGCCCACUGGAGGGGGGCACUGCCAUCACCAUCACAGGAUCCAACCUGGGGCAGAAGGCCCAAGACGUGCAGAACUCGGUCACUGUGGCUGGCCUCCCCUGCGUUUUGGACCUCAGCCGAUAUGAGGUGUCCUCCAGGAUUGUGUGCGUGGCGUCCGCCAGCGGGGCGGAGAGGAGCGGGAAAGUGGACGUGGAGGUGAACGAAGGGGGUCGCGGUCAGUCCGACCAGAUCUUCAGCUACCAGGACCCCGUGGUGAAACAGGUGACCCCCCAGAGGGGCCCGAGGUCAGGGGGCACGUCCCUAACCAUCACGGGACAGAAACUCCGCACGGGGCAGCCCAGCGAGGUCCGCGUGCUGAUCGGCGACGCCCCGUGUCUUAUCUCGUCGGAGAUCCAGGGGGACCGGAUUGAGUGUCGCACCAGUGUCAGUAAUAAGACAGGGGAGCAGGACGUGGUGGUGCGUUUCGGCAGCAGUGAGCGCCACUUGCAGGGCACUGCAUUUCACUACACCACCGACCCCAACGUGACUCAGGCUGCACCCUCCAAGAGCUUCCUGAGUGGUGGCCGUGUGAUCAAGGUGUUGGGACACAAUCUGGAUGUUGUUCAGGAGCCUCGUAUCCAGGUGACGGUGUACCCGUUGGAGUCCCACCACCAGAGGAGAAAGAGGCGUGCAUCAGGGGGCACAGAGCCCCAGAGAGCAGGGAGCCCGUUGCCUAGGCAACGGCGGAUGGUUCCGGAGCUCGGCUGUCCUGCAGACACACUCUGCACAGUCAAACAGUUUGUGGAGCGCUGCGAGGUGAACACCACCUCCCUGAUCCUGUGCCGGACCCCGGCGGUGGAGGUUGCGGCCCGCCACGCCCGGGUGCAGGUGGAGUUCCUCCUGGACAACCUGCGCUUCGACUUCGCCUCCGUCAGCCAGAGCGAAUUCAGCUACGAGACCAACCCCGUCCUCCACCCGCUCAACCACAACGACCCCAGCAAGCCCUACAGACACAAACCGGGGAGCAUCAUCUCCGUGAAGGGGGAGAAUUUGGAUCUCGCCAUUUCUAAGGAGGAGGUGGUGGCUCAGAUCGGGGAGGGGGUUUGCGCCGUCAAGACUCUGACACAGAACCAUCUGUACUGUGAACCCCCCACCCAGCAGCCAUCUCCGGGCCCAGGCGCGAGGCGUGAGGGUGUGGUGGCCCUCCCCGAAUUCACGGUCCAGAUGGGGAACCUGAACUUCUCCCUGGGCAAGGUGCAGUACGACACACAGAUCCCGACUCCCUUUCCCCUGGAGGCCCAGAUAGGGGUGGGGGUCGGGGCGUCCAUCGUGGCUCUCAUUGUGCUCAUCAUCGUGCUCAUAUACAGGAGGAAGAGCAAGCAGGCUCUGAGGGACUACAAGAAAGUCCAGAUUCAGCUUGAGAACCUGGAGACCAGCGUCAGGGACCGCUGCAAGAAGGAGUUUACAGACCUGAUGACGGAGAUGAUGGACAUGUCCAGUGACCUGGGUGGCUCCAGCAUUCCCUUCCUGGACUACCGCAUGUACGCCGAGCGCAUCUUCUUCCCUGGCCACCGGGAGUCGCCGCUGCGCCGUGACCUGGACGUGCAAGAGAGCCGGCGGCAGACCGUGGAGCAGGGCCUGGUGCAGCUGUCCAACCUGCUGAACAGCAAGCUCUUCCUCACCAAGUUCAUCCACACCCUGGAGGUCCAGCGCACCUUCUCCCCGAGGGACCGAGCGUACGUGGCCUCCCUGCUGACCGUGGCCCUGCACGGAAAGCUGGAGUACUUCACCGACAUCCUCAAGACCCUGCUCAGCGACCUGGUGGAGCAGUACGUCGCCAAGAACCCCAAACUCAUGCUGAGGAGGACGGAAUCUGUUGUGGAGAAGCUUCUGACCAACUGGAUGUCCAUCUGCUUAUACGCCUUCCUGAGGGACUCUGUGGGCGAGCCCCUCUACAUGCUGUUCAGAGCCAUCAAGCACCAGGUGGACAAGGGCCCUGUGGACGCGGUGACGGGCAAGGCCAAGUACACCCUGAACGACAACCGUCUGCUGCGGGAGGAUGUGGAGUACCGCUCUCUGACCCUGAACGUGCUGGUGCAGGGGGGCGGAGGUAACGAGGCCCAGGCCGUCCCGUCCAAAGUGCUGGACUGUGACACCAUCACCCAGGUGAAGGAGAAGAUCCUGGACCAGGCCUACAAGACGGCCUCCUUCUCUCUGCGUCCUCACGCGGACACCCUGGACCUGGAGUGGCGGUCUGGCGUGGCGGGUCACCUGAUCCUGUCGGACGAGGACCUUACGUCGGUGGUGCAGGGAAACUGGAAACGCCUCAACACGUUACAGCAUUACAAGGUGCCAGACGGCGCUACGGUGGCGCUGGUCCAGAGGCACACUAAGCACAUUCACCAUGAGAACCAGGACUACAUGGCAGGAGAGAAGACGCCCAUGCUGGAGGACGCGGACGAGGGCGGGGUGAAGCUGUGGCACCUGGUGAAGGCCAGCGAGGAGCCGGAGCUGCCCAAACACCGGCGGGGCAGCCUGAGGGAGCGGGAGAGAGCCAAGGCCAUCCCCGAAAUCUACCUCACGCGCCUGCUGUCCAUGAAGGGUACGCUGCAGAAGUUUGUGGAUGACCUGUUCCAGGUGGUUCUCAGCACCAGUCGGCCGGUCCCUCUGGCCGUUAAAUACUUCUUUGACCUGUUGGACGAGCAGGCUGCCAGUCACAGCAUCACCGAUCCUGAGACCAUCCACAUAUGGAAAACCAACAGUUUACCCCUGAGGUUCUGGAUCAACAUCUUGAAGAACCCGCAGUUCAUCUUCGACGUCCAGGCCUCGGACAACGUGGACGCCGUGCUGUCCGUCAUCGCCCAGACCUUCAUGGAUUCCUGCACCAUCGCCGAACACAAGCUGGGCAGGGACUCCCCAAUCAACAAGCUGCUGUAUGCCAGAGACAUCCCCCGCUACAAACAGAUGGUAGAAAGGUACUACGCUGAUAUCCGACAGACCAUUUCUGCCAGCGACCAGGAAAUGAACUCCGCCCUGGUGGAGCUGUCGCGAAAUUACUCAGGUGAACUGAAUUACCUGGUGGCCCUGCAUGAGUUGUACAAGUACAUUAACAAAUACUAUGACCAGAUCAUCACUGCAUUAGAGGAGGACCCUACCGCUCAGAAGAUGCAGCUGGGCUACAGGCUGCAGCAGAUCGCCGCCGCCGUGGAGAACAAAGUCACGGACUUGUGACAGUGCGACCAAACGAGGACGGAGGGGGAGAGAGAGGGGAGGGAGGGAGGACAGGUACAGAGGUGAGACUCCGCCCUGGUUACCUGCCAGCUGACGGGGGCUGAGAAAGCAGAGUUUCGGCGCUCGCUGCGUUGCCGGGACGACCAGGCCUUCGACAGCAGUCGGGACUUUUACUAGCCUUUUCCGCGAGCUUCCCCUGCGACCGUUAUCGCGGGUGACAGAACACAGACUUGUCAGCCAAUCCCGGCACUCUGCACAGGGAAGUGAACAGGAAUCGUUGACCUAUAAUGGGGGAAAAUGUUAAACUGACCCCAGGAGAAAUUAAUGCUAAUGGAUUCCCAUGAACUGGCCCUCGGCAGUUCGGAUUGCAACAGUUUACAACUUGGCUACGGAGUCGGAAACCUGUCCUUUUGGAAUUUCGGUUGAGCUAUUUUCUAAAGCAGAUUUUUUUUUAAUUAAUUUUUUUUAAUUUGUUUUUUUAAUUGUUGUUGUUGUCACCACCGCAUACUUCAGGUGCAGUUCGUCAUUUCUCCUUUGGGGUAAAGAGCUGAAGGGGCUGACUAUCGCUGAGCUGAUUCGCUAACGUUGUGUACAUUUUCCGGAUGGUAACUGGAGAAUGCAUGCUGGGCAUUACUUUGAGAAACCCUCCCCUCCACAGACCUGCGGUACAAUACUAAAGAAACUAGGCCUGUAAUUAGGAAGCUGUACAUUUUAUCACAGGUAACAUGUUUAAACUGGAUUUCUUUAGUUAAUAUUAAACUGCAUAAAUAGAUCAUACGGAAAAGUCAUACAAAUCAAAAUAAUAUCGAUAACCCAAUACCAACAGUAUUUCUUGAUAGAGGUGGUAGAAUAAUAUCAGAUAAAACAACCAAUGAGCAUCUUGUGUCUGAAAAUCGGGGAGACUGUUAAUCUAAGUUUAGCCCCUUCUUCAUUAAUGUGGCAAAUUAACAAAUGUUUGCAGUUUUUCUUUGAGGAUUCCUUUGUUACUUUGAGCUGUGAACCUUAAGUGAAAAAUGGCUAAUUUAAGUGUUUUGCGAUUGCCGUCUGUAUGUAAUUAGCAUAAAAAGCUUUGGCUACGAGUAUGAUUCGAGAAUUCGAUUUUCUGUGCCAUUUUGUUUUAUUUUUUUUUUUAAAUUUUGCAUCAGCAUAAUUUUUAUCUUCACUCCCUGUUCCAGUUCUCCGUCCAGACAAACUGCUCUCCACAGAAAUCAUAGCAGAUGUAGUGGUCACUUCUCUUCAUGUUUAGAGGCAUGUGGCACACAACAGUGCCAGCUGGUGACAUCACAAAAGCAGAUAAUGACAUCACACUAAAACAGAAUUUCACUCCAGUCCUGAAAAGGGCCAGGCUCACUUUGUCUUAUUUGUUGCAUCACUGAAGUUUGCAACUUUUGAUCUCUAGGCAGUCUGGGAAACGGAGUUAACACUCAAUCCAGAAUCUAUGCAAUAAUGUGACCAAAGGCCAACUUGGAACGGAGUAUGCACCAUCCGAGAUCUUGUGUGCCCAUCUUUUUUGUAGGCAAGCGGUCUUUAAAUUCCUAGUUCCUCUGAGGAAUGUGUUUCUCACUCGGUUUCAUGUUCACCAGGCACAUGCACAGAUGGACACUGACAUAUGCUCAAGUGUAUGCCCCCUGCCCUGAGACAACAAAAGUUCUCAUUCGGCUGCAUGGGAUUUUUUAGAAAUUUUUAUUUAACCGCAGUCUUAAAAAAAGAAAAAAGAAAUUGCGGUCUCUUCAAAACACCAAACCGACCCCAUCCGCACCGUUGCAAUUGCAAUCGCCCCCCUGCCCCCCACGGUGAUUAGUAUCCAUUAAUGUUUUAUUACCAUUUCAUUUGUUUUCUUUUCCUCUGAAGACCGGCUCUUUUCAUGGGUUACAGUGCAUUUGUUAUGAUGCAUAGAAAUUGUUUUGUGGUUAUUUAUCUCCCUCUUGUGACCAGAAGGGGGCAGUAAAUCAGACAUGAAAAAGCUGAUUACAAUGGACUUCUUUGUUAAAACCAUUUGUUUAUUUAUGAAGUUACGGUUUUACAGAUAUUAUAAAUCCUACAGUGAAGUAAUUUUUGCAAAUGUAAAAUAAAGGACACAGUAGUAGUCUGGACAGUAACUUCCCUAAAGGAAGUCCUUGACAAGUAUGCAGGCACACACGCACGCAUGCACGCACACACACAGACACACACACAAACUAAAGCUCAACACAUUGCUUUUUUUUUUUUUUACUGGAGGCUGCAGAGGCUUUUUAUAUUUAAAGAAACCAAAAACAAAAAAAAUUGCAUAAGCCCAUUGCAACAUAGUCUAUAACCUUCUUGAUUAUAUUAAUCUGCCCCAAGAAUGAAGAAGUCUUAAAUUUUACUUUGAAGAGUGUAUAAGGUGUUACAUUUAAAUUAUUUAUUCUUAUUUGUGCUAGGUCUCAUGUUGGAUUAAAGACUUUUAAAAUUUGAGAAAAAAAUGAUUGAUACGCUACACUACUGCUUGUAUAAUUUCUAAAAAAUCGAUGUUGUACUGUGGUGACUACGGUACAGAAAAACUGUUGGAAAGUUUUAGGUUUGAAGGAAGAGCAGCUUUUACGGGCUGGUACAACUGCAGCUCUCUCAAGCAAAUUCAGCUGGGAGGAAUGGGUCAGAAACCGUUUGAAGGGCUGUCGUUUUUUUGUCAAUAGCACUGAAUAGCACUAUAUACUGAGUAACUGGGGCAAACCUGUAGCUUCUUAACCUCUUUGAUAAGAGCAAAUGGGACUUCUUACAGAUGGGAAUAAAAUGUCCUUGGAAUUAAA